AUGGAUUUCAAAUCAGUGCAACUGCAGUUACCUGGUACCGAGAUCGAGACUGAUCCGGAUGUGGAGAUACAGCUGAAUGCUCCUUUCGACACGUGGACCACCGCUGAGGUUCGGAUGAAAAACAACAACGAACAUAGAAUUGCAUUCUGUACAAGGAUGACCCGCUCAACGGAUUUUGUUGUUGUGCCCUCCCGCGGUUUCAUCAGUCCACACAAAGAGCGAUGGAUUCGCGUCUCACGUAAGCCGAACGUUAAGCCUAGAAAUCAAGACCGUAUCAUCAUCAUAUACAGUAUGAUCCUGUCGGAUGAAUACACCGUGAACGUGAACUGGUUUUCAGACGGUUCGGUAGUAAGGAAGAAAAACAUUACACUGAAACAAUAA